AUUGUGUAAUUUAGAAAAUAUGACUAAAUUUAUUUUUAUAUUAAAAUAAUUUAUAUUAUAUUUGAUAAAUUGUCUGUUAUUUUUAAAUUUUAAUAGUUAUUUAAACAAUUUAUUACUCUAACACAGAUUAAAUCAAACCAUCAAACAUUGAAGAAGGGCUUUAGCAUAAAUAUGUUCAAGAGCGUUAUAUGAAACAAAGCUUUAGGAUCCUGAUUUGAAGCCAUAAACAAGCCCAGUGCAUGGUUCGUUUACCAAUCCCAACAACAACCAACCAAAUCUUCCCUCUACAACCCACCAACUGCAAUACAAAUUUUCUCUCCAAAACUCACCAAUGUCUCACUCUACUGAAACUCUGCUGCUCAACAAAACAUCUCUUUCAAAUCCAUGCUCAAGUCCAAGUCUCUGGACUCCAAAAUCACACCCACCUUGUAAGUGAACUCAUUCGUUUUUGCACCUUGUCUCCUCUCAAAAACUUAACUUACGCGAGGACCCUUGUUUAUAAUUCGAGUGACUCGGUGCCCAUUUCAUGGAAUAUGCUUAUUAGAAGCUAUGCCUCUAGUGAAACACCGAGAGAGGCCAUUCGGGUGCUUCGUGAUAUGAAAAGAAGAGAUGUUAGACCCAAUAAGCUUACUUUCCCAUUUGUUUUAAAGGCUUGUGCGGAGAGUUUUGCUCUUGAAGAAGGUAGGCAGGUUCAAGUGGAGGUUGUGAAGUGCGGAUUGGAUUCUGAUGUUUAUGUUAGCAAUAAUUUGAUACAUUUUUAUGGGUCCUGCAAGAAAAUUUAUGAUGCCUGCAAUGUGUUCGAUGUAAUGUGUGAUAGAAGUGUGGUGUCUUGGAAUGCGGUUAUAAAUGCUUGUGUUGGGAAUUUUGGGUUAGGGGAUGCAAUUGGGUAUUUUGUAAAGAUGAUAGAUUUCAGGUUUCGGCCGGAUGAGACUACGAUGUUGAUUGUGCUUUCCGCUUGUGUUGAGCUUGGAAAUUUAAGCUUAGGGAAAUGGGUUCAUUCCCAAGUGUUUGAGAGAGGAAUGGUGUUGAAUUGUCAUUUGGGUACUGCUCUUGUUGACAUGUACGCGAAGUGUGGUGCUGUAGGUUAUGCUAAGCUGGUGUUCAAUAGAAUGGAGGAGAAAAAUGUAUGGACAUGGAGUGCAAUGAUUUUGGGAUUAGCUCAACAUGGAUAUGCCAAGGAAUCUCUUAAAAUAUUUUCAAAGAUGAUGAAAAAUUCUUCAAUAAGACCUAAUUAUGUCACGUUUCUUGGAGUUCUUUGUGCUUGUAGUCAUGCUGGAUUGGUGGAUGAUGGAUACCAGUACUUUCGUGAUAUGGAACAUGUACAUGGGAUUAAGCCUAUGAUGAUUCAUUAUGGUGCCAUGGUGGAUAUCUUGGCUCGUGCUGGUCGGCUAAAAGAGGCUUAUUCAUUCAUAAUGAACAUGCCAGUUAAGCCUGACCCAGUUGUGUGGAGGACAUUGCUUACUGCAUGCAGCAUUCAUAAUGACACUGAUGGUAUAGGGGAUGAGGUGAAAAAGAGGCUGCUUGAACUGGAGCCGAAAAGGAGUGGGAAUUUUGUGAUAGUUGCAAACAUGUAUGCGGAAGUUGGGAUGUGGGAGAAAGCAGCGAAUGUGAGAAGAGUUAUGAAAGAUGUAGGGUUAAAGAAGGUUGGUGGAGAAAGUUGGAUAGAGUUAGGUGGAUCCAUUCAUAGGUUCUAUUCUGGGGAUGAUUCUCAGAUCGAACUGGAGGGUAUCUACCAGUUACUUGCAACAUUGGGUUUGCACAUGAAGAUGGUGUACUCUUGUGAAAAAUCUCUCAUCCCCUUUUAAUUGCAUAGAAUGUAUAACUUCUCGGAGUACACAUUUAGUAUGAUAACGGGCUGAAACACAAGUUUUUUCCAUAUUAGAAAGCGAAAAUGAGAUCAGGUUUUCUGGAUUUAGCUGCAUUUCUAGAUAUCAUUUACACAUGCUUGGUGAGAAAUUUUUGUCAAAUCUCAUAUCACUAGUGAAUGGAAACCAAAGUUCAAUUAA